AUGGUUGAUGCAACAUCAGAUUAUAGCCAUGUGGAGCAGACAACGUUCAUCAUUCGUUAUUUGGCCAAGGAUGAUACCAAAUUUGCAGUUCCAGAACGAUUUUUAACCUUUGUUGAUUGUUGUAAGAAUAUGGGGGCUGAAUUAGCAAACCUUAUUAUGGAAACACUCAAGCAUUUUGGGGUACCUAUUAAAGAUUGUCGUGGACAGGGUUAUGAUAAUGCUCCCAACACGUCUGGCAAGUACGAUGUCCUCAGCGCCAGGCUAUUCUCAAGUGGGAGACCAUUUGCAGCUCAUCUUUCUGAAAUACGACUCGCACUAAAGAAACUUCUGUCUCUAAACCUCAUGCCAAAAACCACUAAUGAAGUCAAUGGUGUAAUCAACUACGUGUCAUCCUUCAUUUGCAUCCUUAUGUCAUCGAUGUUGCAGAAGAUUCUCGCACAGAACGACAGGAAAAAUCAGAUCGUCCGGGCAAGAGAUGCUACAGUGGAUGAUGAACAAGGGGAGAACGUCCUAGAAAAUCCUUGUGAUGGUUCUGAUGAGCCUGAAUCUGAAUUCAAACGGAAUGUCUUCUUUGUUGUCAUUGAUUCGGUGAUUAACGGAGUGUCAAAGUGGUUUGACUCUGCAAACACAAUUAAUAGGUUGUUCUGCGUUCUGUGGCAAUAUCGAAGCAUGACAGAAGAGGAACUCAAACUUGCACGCGCAAGAUUAGUGGACAAAUACCCAGACAAUCUCUCAGAAUCCAUGCAUGAGGAAAUGGAGAACCUUAAGGCAAUACAUGCAUCAAACUUUGGUGAAGAUAUGGGGCCAUAUCAACUCUUAAAAACAAUAAAAAUGUACAAGUUAGAUGGCAUUUUUCCAAAUGUAUGUAUUUCACUGCGAAUAUUCUGCACAUUCUCAGCUACAGUAGCAUCUGCUGAGAGAUCUUUUAGCAAACUAAAACUCAUCAAGAGCUUCUUGAGGAACACGAUGAUACAGGAGUGA